AUGUCACUGACAGUGAUUAGUUGUUGGUUAAAUAAAGUUCGCGUAAUAAAAUAAAAUCUUACAAACUUUUACAAUUUAAUUAUACGAAAGAUUUAAUAAGAAUAGUUUGAUCACAUCUUACGAUGAAUGCGCCGCCGACAUUCGAGUCAUUUCUUUUGUAUGACGGAGAGAAGAAAGUUCAAAAGGAAGAAGAUACAAAAGUUACGAAUGCAGCUAUAUUCACUGUUAACAAAGAAGACCACACACUUGGUAACAUGAUUAGACACCAACUUCUGAAAGAUCCCAAAGUAUUGUUUGCUGGAUACAAAAUCCCACAUCCAUUGGAACAUAAAUUUGUUUUACGCAUUCAAACAACAUCUGACUACACGCCACAGGAGGCUUUCAUGAAUGCACUCACAGAUCUUACAUCAGAACUGUCUCUGUUUGAAGAGAGAUUUAAGGAGGCAAUAAAAGAAAAGAAGGAUGGUUUAGAUUAACGACUAAUCUUAGUUAAUAUAAUUGUAAUGAAUAAAGAUAUUUUAUAAUUA